UAUCAAUUCUUAGUCAUUCGACAUGUCGCACCUCAGUCUCCUCGAAGACUACCUCUCCUGCUCUAACAGAAUUCUGGAUGUGCUAUCCAAGGAUUGCCUCUUGCCUGUACAACAGGAUAUGAAUACUUCUACCGUAACAGUGCCGCAUCUGCCGAAACAAGGUACCUUCGCUGCUGAGCUUCGGGCCCGAUUACAUUCGAGGGCUUUGGGCGAGACUCUCAUCGAGAGCAUCUGUGAUCUGUAUCAAUCUCGAUGUUGUAUCUGGCAAGAGAAGAUUCAGGUGGAGUGGAUCAAGUCCUAUACUCGGUUGGUCGGCCUUGGUGGGAAAGCUAGCACAUUACGUCUCAUGCAGAAGGCAUGUAUCGCUAAUCUCUCUCGUGGCAUGCAGUGUAUGCAGGACGACGUCCUCAGCUUGAUCGAUGAGCGUAUAGAGAAAUAUCGUAUCGACAGCGAGGCAGCCGCUUCAGCCUCCUCAGGUGAUCAAUUUUCGGACAGCGACGACGACGACAAUGCGCGGGGCCACAGCGCCGAAGCUGUUGCGAUCUUGGAGGCAGCGUAUGCUUACACAACAAACAUCACACAAGCUGAGAAGAGACGGCUCGCACAAGCGACUGGCCUCGAGCCACGCCAAGUUGUCAUCUGGUUUCAGAAUCGUCGCAAUCGCAAGGUGAAGUCGAGGACUGAAGCUGGUGCGCCCAGUACCGCAGUUCAUACAGUCUCGCCAUCGGCACAUCUGGCUCGCAAGCGCAAGAUGUCUUGCAACGACGCAGCAAGUCCGCGUCGCCCAUCAAGUUUCGUUACGCCCGAAAAGAAGGCUCGUCUGCCGGACAUGCCUCCGCCACCUAUUGAUCGACGCUUAUUGUCUGGCAGCUCCAAUGCGUCAGUAGGAUCGUCGAUUGAUAGCCGGACCGAAUCUCUGCUCAGCGGCUGGGCCGGAUCAGAAAGGUACGGACAGCAACGAGCGGUCUCUUCGGAAAGCGCUGCUACAUCGUACACUAGCCCAUCGAUCUGCAGCAGCUUUGCAUCGACACUGGCGUCCGAAGAGUGUAGCUCAUCGACCAGAGUGAAUGCUCAAGAAGCCCGCCGCAAGCAGCCUGCGUCAGUCAGGUCCGAGCAGGAGCAAGCUUUCGCCCAACGUCUCCUUCCUUCUAGUCCUGCACAUGGCCACCGAGAACCUCCUCCGGCCGAGAUCGCUCACAUCUUCAACGACGGACAAGAACACCUUGCUUCGUGCGGGCUCUGGGGAUCUAGCAAUUUCCUUUUCACCGAUGACUCCGAUGUCCCUCGCCUAGACUUCGACGAUCUAGGACUGGAGCCCGCCGACUUCGGUAAAGAAGGAUCACUACUCUUCGAUUUUGCUGCCCCUCCGCCUGCUGGUGGUGCUCAACUGUGGCAGCGUGGUCCGCCAAUGGUAGGAGUGCCAUCUGGAACAUUGCAUAACCAAUACCCAUUCGCAGCAACGUCUACAACGACUUUGGGGUAUGCCCUUGAUCCAAGUGCCUCCGCGCAGGAUCGCACUUCCUCAAGACCUCGUCACUUCACCGACGUCGCCGAGAGUCUUAACGAGGGCGACUUCAACCUGUUCGCUGCUCUGGCUUCUCUUCCCACAUUCAAGGACAUGUCGCCAGAUGCAAUCCUCCAAUUUGCAGCCAGUGGUGGACAUGAUCUUUCCGUCGAUGCAGAGCGAACGCGGUACGCUCAAUCUCUGCCGACACUUGGCUCUUCUCCCAGCUCUUCGACCCCUCGGGAGAAGGACAUUGUCACGCCUCCUUCAAGAGUGGCUGACGCCAACUCACCGGAGGACUUUGCAUUUACCUUCGACUUCGCCGAACUCGGACUUGACCGUAGCUUUGCGGAAAUCCGGAAGUCGUAUCGCGUUGCGGACGAGGAAGCAAAGAUGUACAGCAUCAGCGAGGUGGAAGAUGAAGAGGGCGGAGGAGCGACGUCCGGCUGGGAGACAGGACCCGAAGAGAUGAAAGGCCGAGGAACCAAGAGAAGCUCGUCUGGUACCAUCAUAUCGGAGCGUCAUACUUCCUCAGAGACAUCGAGCGGCCCUUGGGCCAUCCCUGCGAGACCUGUAGAUCUGCAUGGGCAGCGGCAGGCUGGAGGAAGGUUCUUUGCUAGCUGAGAUCCCCAACGAUUUGCGUCAUCCUCUCUCUCCUCCGGGUACAUACUUGUCUCUGCUUCCGGAAUCUCCCGUUAUCGCUUCGUGUAUCUGCCUGCUUCAUUCAUACCCAGUUCAAUGCUUUCUGAGCCGGCUCAGGACCCAUCUUG